CACGGGAAACAAUGGAGGCCAGCGGCAUGGCUGAGGCUCGCCGCCCUCCGCACGUCGCCAUGCUGGUGACGCCCGGGAUGGGUCACCUCAUCCCGCUGGCGGAGUUGGCCAAGCGCCUGGCCGCGCGGCACGGCGUCACGGCCACGCUCAUCACCUUCGCCUCCACGGCGUCCGCCACGCAGCGGGCCUUCCUCGCCUCCCUCCCGCCCACCAUCGCCUCCAUGUUCCUCCCGCCCGUCGACCUCUCCGACCUGCCCCAUGGUGCCAGCCUCGCGACCCUCAUGUCUGAGGAGUGCGUCCGCUUGGUGCCGGUGCUGAUCGGGGUUCUGACGGGGCUCAUGGAGACGACGCGGCUGGUGGCCUACGUGGCUGACGUCUUGGGAACAGACUCGUUCGAUGCUGCCGUGGCUGCCGGCGUGCCGAGGAGAUACAUGUUCUUUACGGGGAACCUCCAUUGGCUCACGCUCAUCCUCCACCUCCCGGAGCUGGACGACACGAUGCCCGGCGAGUUCCGGGACCUCGCUGAGCCCGUCAGGCUGCCUGGCUGCGUGCCUAUCCCGGGGACGGAAGUCAUGUCGGCUCUCCAGGACAAAUCCAACCCCAGCUACCGGUGGAUGGUGCACCACGGCGAGCUCUACCGCCACGCCGAGGCCAUCCUGGUCAACUCCUUCGACGCCUUAGAGCCAGACGCCCCCAGGGUGCUCUCUCACCCGGAGCCCGGCCGUCCUCCGGUGCACAACAUCGGUCCGCUCACAAGAACGGACGCCAGCGACGUACCUCGAGCCGCGUGCCUGGAUUGGCUCGACCGGCAGCCGCCCAAGUCGGUCAUCUUCGUCUCCUUCGGAUCUGGUGGGUCGCUGCCGACGGAGCAGAUGCACGAGUUGGCGCUAGGGCUGGAGCUCAGCGGGCAGCGGUUCUUAUGGGUGGUGCGGAGCCCAAGCGACGAGGGAGCCUUGCACGCCAACUACUACGACGCCGAGAGCAAGAAGGACCCCCUGGCCUACCUCCCGGAGGGGUUCGUGGAGAGGACCAAGGACGUCGGCCUCCUCGUGCCAUCGUGGGCGCUGCAGGCGAAGGUACUGGCUCACGAAGCGACAGGAGGAUUUUUGGUGCACUGCGGGUGGAACUCGGUCUUGGAGAGCUUGGUGCACGGCGUACCCAUGGUCGCAUGGCCGCUCUACGCCAAGCAGGGGCAGAACGCUGUGAUGCUGACCGAGGGGGCUGGAGUAGCCAUACGAGUGCUGAUGAACAAGAAAAAGGAGGAGAUUGCCGCGGUGGUGAGGGAAAUCAUGGCAGGCCAAGGCGAAGGCGCCGAGGUAAGAGCUAAGGUGGCGGCACUGCACAAGGCGGCCACCGAAGCUCUACUUGAGGGAGGUGCCACCAUGACCGCGUUGGAUGAGGUGGUGCACAAGUGGACAUGCCAUGAGGAUAACUAG